CAUCCACAUCGGUCAACAACUCUGGCCAUUGAACUUGAAGUCAACGAGUUUUCAUAAGUUUUCAUCCAGUGUCUUCACGUUACGUUGACACAGGAUUUAGGAUCCUGCAAUUUAUUAUGGACAAUGAUAGUGCUGAGAUUGAGCUCCUAGAGCAGAACCUCAACAAAACGGUCCAGAUCUCACAGCGGAUGACUUCCAUCCUGACAAACUUUGACACUCGCCUUGCGAGACUUGAGAAGUCUAUUCUGCCGCUAUACAAUUCGACGCAGAAGCUCAAGCUACUGGCCCACAAUAUUGAUCGUGCCCUGCUGAAGAUCGACGAGGUUGCUAGUAGUCAAGAUGGCAUUGCCGUAGAGGAAGGUCUGGUUUUACGGGGGCCGCAGCCUGGUCAACUUGAAGCCUACAUCGAUAUCCUUGAACGCCUCAAUGCUGCCAUUGCAUUCAAGUCUUCUGAUGCAGGUUCAAGGGAUAUGGCACGACUGAUCGAGACCGGUGCGAAGAAGCUUACCCAGUUGUAUACCGAGCUUGUCGCGGAAGGCUCCUCGGGAUCUCCACCAGUUUCAGGUCUUGCAUUCAUGCUCACUGAGUUCCCCCCCUCCUUGAUGUCCUCACUCACACCCCUUGUCGCCUUCCUCCGUACUCUUCCCCUUCCAUCAACACAUCCCUCUCACCCCGCUGCAUCAGCUAUCUUGAACACGCUCAAGGAUGCACAGCGAGGAUAUGCGGAUAUGCGCGGGAACUGGAGUCGCAAAGCGCUUGAAAUGCAUUCGCGGCGAGUUGUGGACCGAGCAGAGACUCUAGAUGGCGUGGCUGCCGGGAAGGAAUUUAGCACGUGGAUAGACAAUUUGCUCAAAGUCACUCAGACCGAAUAUACCCUCCUCACAGAACUCGCCCCGUUGUCCAUCAACUCCCUCAUUGCAUCGACUUAUGACAACCUUCUUACACCUCUCCUGACCCUCUUCACGGACACCCUGUCAUCUCUGACAUCCCUCAUUAAGCGCUCCCUGCACAAAUACACAUUCCAUGCGCUUUCUGCGUUUUCUGCUCUAUUGAUGUCUCAGAGUCGCUGGGAAUCUGUAUUGGCAAAACAUGGACGGGAAAGGAAUGAGUUGCGAGACGGGCUUAUUGCGAUCCGUGGUGUAUGCCUCAGGAGCUUUCCUGAGUUCUUGGCCGAUUUGAAGCUUGCCGCUGCUGGCAAGGGUGGCGACCUGAGUGUCAGCUUAGCGGACAUCACUGUUUCGACCGUGCAGUAUCUGAAUCGCAUACCCGAUGUCCAGGAUGCUGUUGGCGCUGCGUUGUCUGCGCUCGGCGAUGGGAACUGGAAAAUGGGUGACGGGAAGCAAGUAGGGAAAACCAAGUCCAACUCUGUAGAGAUCAAUGAAAAGGUGCUGAUUCAACACUUUGUUUACGACGUCAUGAACACUCUGAUUGGUAGUCUCACAACGCUGUCACGCACACAACGCCGGCCUCCCUUUGGUUCUGUGUUUCUCCUUAACAAUAUAUCGUAUCUUGUGUCUCACCUCGUUUUGCGCCCCACGAACCCUAAUACGCCUUCCCUGCUGUCUAAACCCACAACGGACUUCCUCAGCUCGUCGUGGCGUACUGCAAAGGCAGGUUACUUUGAUGUUAACUUCUCACCCCUCAUGCAGGCGCUCGCCGAUGACGCACAAGAUAAGACGAGUGGCAGUGGUUGGAAGGCAGCAGCGAAGGAGAAGUUUACGCGCUUUUAUGACUUGUUUGAAGAGGUUGGAGAACGACAUCGAAUGGCAAAGGUAUUAGAAGAAGAUUCGGAGGAGAGAAGCGCUGUUGAGGAGGAGGUGGUAAAGCUUGUUGUUCCGUCGUUGCAGCGGUUCAUGCAAAAGCAGAAGGAGAGAGAGUUCAGCAAGAAUCCUCAAAAGUAUAUCAAGCUGUCUCCUGAAGAGGUGGAAUCCCGGAUCAGGAAUUUUUACAAAUAGUUCUCCAUUCACACCAUAAGCUGUCAUUGUUCUACCUGCGACGAACCAUACAAACCGAGCAAUGGAUGAAGACAGUAGAAAGGCUAGAUCGUUCAUUCUGGACAACCCUCGACUGUUCAGAUUUGUCCACCGAAGGCGUGCAACGUACGAUAGGGAAAUGGAGAUACAUACUUAUAAGCGAGCACUAAUAAGAACCAUGUCAUCGAGUACCCGACCGGGCCGUAAGCAUCG